GAAAGAGGCAUAAUAUAUCCAGUCUGUAGUUGACUCCUCUGUACUUAUGAGAAGCAAAAGUAAAGAAGAAUCGAGAAAGAGAGACAUUGAUCUUGGAACUGUGAAGGUGGUCUGUGCUUUCUGGUGUGGCAGUCUAUGCUAAGCACUAUAAUCCAGCAAAGGAAAAGACAUGCAGGAUGAAGAUGGAUAUAUCACGUUAAAUUUUAAAUCAAGAACAUCAGCUAUAACUUCAGGACUUCCAGUCGAACCCAAUGUUUCUCCUCUGUGGCGUCCAAUGGCUCUAACGCUGCUGUUCCUGUGCCUAGGGAUGGCAGCUGGUCUGGUGACUCUAGGAAUAAUGUACCCCCCAGUCUUCCAACAACAAGAUUACCUUCCUACCCAGGAUGGAAAUCUCUCAGAGAUUCUCCAGAAAGUAGCAAAAAACUUCUGUCAAGAGCUUAUUCAAAAGUCUGCGGGUCACAAAUGUAACCCCUGUGACACCAACUGGAGAUAUCAUGGAGAUAGAUGCUAUGGUUUCUUCAGACACAAUCUGACAUGGGCACAGAGUAAACGAUAUUGUGCUGAAAGGAAUGCCACUCUUCUGAAGAUACUCAACCAGGAUACUUUGGAUUUCAUCAAGGGAAGAACUUCUUUUAUUCGAUGGAUUGGACUGUCCCGUAGAAACUCUGACGGGAUCUGGGUCUGGGAAGAUGGUUCACGCCUCUCGGAGAAUGUGUUUAAGCUUUUAGGAAAUGAAGAAGAUCAACAUUGUGCUUACUUCCUUAAGGGAAAAAUUUAUACUUCACUCUGUGAGGACACACGUUACUUAAUUUGUGAGCAGAAGGCCAACACAGUGAGGAUAGACAAACUGAUUUAAUGUACUGGAAAAACAAAUGGAGAAGAAUGACAUGUCAUUGAUAAGCAGCUUGUUGAUGGUGGCAAAUGAGAAAGUCCUCAACAGAAAGAAAAGACUUUGCCCCUUGGCUUUAACACAGACACAGACACAGACACAGACAUAGACACAGAUACAGACACGCACACGCACACACACACGCACACGCACACAUACUUUUGGCUUAUCAUCUUCCUGUACCCAUAGACACCCUAACUUUCGUGUUCUUCCCAAAAUUUUUUUGUGUUUGUUUAUUUUCUUGUUUUGCACAUAAGCCCUAUUCUUAGCCUGUUGACUUUUGUUUUUUCAAACUUGAGUGUUUCUCACUACUUUCUCAACCAUCAUCAUAUGUAAAUAAAUCAGGGCAGGGAUUGCUAGUGUCUCAUGGAUUAAGCACUUGACCAGACUCGGAACACUUCUAGGAGGACAACAAAGUGAUUACUACAAAGCAUGCUACGGAAAACAGCUUUGAAAGACAACAGAAUGCUGAUCAAUGUUGUGCCCAAGCAUGACUUCAGAAGAAAUCUAAUGAUGGAGCAGGCAUGCCUGUCUCUUGGCAGAGAGGUGAUAGACUAAAAAUGAAGAAUGGGAUGCCUAUUUCCCCACGUUGGCCAAUGUGGUGAUAUAUUUUGCUUUAUUGGACUUAUUUGUUACAGGGGAGGAUGUCAGUGUGGGCAGGAAACAGUGAAAGCUAACAGAGAUGCCCAAAAAAGAACAUCAGCAAAAUAAAAGAAAUACACAGACAAAAUCAAAACAAAAAGCACAAAAAGGGAAAUAGGACAAUUUUGUAACUAAUGGUUAAAUCUAAUGUAUGUAGCUAUGUAAUAUGCAAAGUUAUGUAAAUGCAGAAUAUAGUUAUGUAAAUGCAAAACACAUAGCUAGCUGAGGAGUGGGGUGGCGCUUGUAGCUAGGUGGUGCAGAGGAGAGUGUGCUGAGCCUAGAGUCAGAAAGACUCAUAUUUCUGAGUGCAAAUCU